UCAAUGAAUAAGAUUACAGAAGACUUGGAUGAGUACCUCAAGGUGGAUUGUUCCUCCAAGGAGAAAUGCUCUACAAUGUGGAAGCUUGAGGAUAUACUAGCACGAUUGAAGAAUUUAACGAACAGGUUAGGAUUGUAUUCCAUGCCAAAAAAUGUCAUGCUAGAAGAAAGUUGUAGGGACGAAGAAGAUGAAGAUGAUGACGAAGAUGAAGAUAGUGACAAUUGGAUGCAAGAUGAUGCAAGAAAGACUAAGCGUCAAUGGAUAUGCAAAGCAAGCAAGUGUUCAGAAGAAAAGGAUGAAGAGAAAAGAAAGACUAAGCGGCAACGGUGACAAGCGAUAUAGUUUUUUUCUUAGGUUAACUAACGAGGAUCACAGUAGAUCUUCUCCUGAAUUACCUUCAUAAGCACGCAAUGAAUUAUCUUCGCCUAUCCAACAAAUAUACAAUUGAAGGCAAAAGACUAGGCUGUAUUGAUGUAUGCAUGAACAUGUAGCUUUUGUGUGGACGCGUGGUGGAAUUAGUGGUUAAAUCUGACUGAGUGUAUGUGCUGUA